GUGGUUCCGUAAACGCAACGCAGUUUGAUAGAUGAUAGGUACUGAAAGAAGAAUCAGUUAUCGAAUAGGGAAUAUUGGUGCAUUCUAUCAAGGACGUUCAGCAUUUCGAUAAUAAAAAGGCUAAAUUCAUCGUGAUUGUAGGCUACCGAGAAAAGAAUUGCCUCGUUAGUUCAGGUGUCACACAAUAUCGAUUGUGUCAUAUUAGAGCGUGCACGUAAAGGGUAAAGUAAAAUAAAUCUAGCCAACAUGGCAAGUAAUGGAAUGUGAGUAAUAUCAAUACCUUGAGAGUGAUACAUAGGCUGGAAAAACGACCAAUAAAUCAGAUAAAGUGAUGCUGCUAAGAUGAAAUAGCGAAACAGAAAACGAAGAAAAAAUAAGAGGAAAGAAAAUCGAUCUUGAAUUAUCCAAGUUGGAUCCUUUCCCUGCGGAGAGAAAGAAAUCGUGAAUGUUUGAGUGAAAUAAUAUAGCAUUUAUAUGCUACAUAUUACGCAUGUGUGUUGGUAGUUCGCUCAUGGCUCUCUAUUGUGAUGUUUGAAGUGUAGAGAAGAAACGGCAAGAAGAUUCUGUUUUGAUCAAGAAGGUCAUCCGAUUGUUGUCUUAUGUGCAUGCUGUGUACAUCUCUAGCCGAGAGCGUGUAGUGUAUUUUUCGACUACUCCUUCAUUCACUGCUAGCUCCUCAACUGCGAGGAGUUACACUAUUCGUUCGAACGUUGUGAUGUGUUAUGAAAAAUUAUGUUAUGUGAGUUGUAAAUGAAGUAAAUAACCCUGAUUGCCGAAUUGAGGUAUUGUGCAUUGGAAGCUCGAAAUUGCACCGCGCGCUUACGGUUGCGGCGUUUAGGCUUUGCCAUCCCCCUUCACAGUAGUGUACGCCACGAUUAUGAGCGAUAAAUCCUCCAAUGGGCUCGCUAGUAACGGACAUGCCGGCGCACCCCAGCAAGACUCCGGCGAUACUGGUGGGGCCGCAGUGCGAGCCUCCAGCAGCCUGACCGGUUCAACGACCAGCCUGGAGAGCAAUGGCAAACCGAAAGGCCUGAACGACAGCGUCCAGCAGCAGUUCAGUCGGUUUGCUGAUUAUUUCGUGAUAUGUGGUUUGGACCUAGAUUCUGGCCUAGAACCGGACUUGUUUGCAGGUGACAGUCUGCACUGUUCCCCGUUAGACCGAGCGUAUAAAAGCAAACCGUUGGCACACUAUCCGGAAAAUGUCGCGUGGAAUCCAUUCGAUGCACAUGGUAUCUGUAUGCUAUCGCUGCCGCAGGGUUUGCGUUUUCGAACGCAAAAACACAACAUAGAGCCACGAUUUCACGCUUUCGCCACCACGCGGGAGGACGGCAAGCGGUGCUACGGCUUCAGUCUCGUGUUCUACGAAGAAGUGCGCAAUCGACAGAUAUGCAGCGCCAUGCAUACGCUGCAAUCGAUGUUUAUCACUGAGAUAUCAAGCUCGCAGCAGCCUCCGCCGGCGACGCUGCGACGAGUGAAGGAAAGCCCCGUGAGCCGUUCCUUGCCACGACAUUUCAAAAUUGCCGCCCAAGCUCCGGCGUCGGCUCUAAGCUACUACGAUAUUACUAAGGAUAAGCUGUACGUGGCGAAAAGCAUUUCGCUCGUUUGUCAGGUGCCGUACGCUCACGUUGCUGAGCUGUUUCUUCAGAAUCUCUACAAAUGUCUUCCCCGCCAUCCCGGUUCUCGGUUGAGUCUCGAGAGCUACGUGUACAACUUCCUGUACGAAGUAUCUACGCCCCCGCCAGGAAAGUCCAUCCGAAUAUACAUACCACCGGAAGAACCUCAUCUACCUCCGAUUGCCACAAUCCUGCAGCGACCAGCACUAAAAGACGAGCUUCCGUUUAUGGACUUUCCUCUGCGGCUUCUAUUUACCUAUUUGAGUGUGGACUGCGCCAUUCAACUGUUCACUUGUGUGCUGCUCGAGAAUCAAGUGCUUCUUCGGUCGUCCGACUAUCAGAAACUAACCAUCAUAGCGGAAUGCAUCACAUCGCUGCUAUUUCCCUUCCAAUGGCAGCAUGUUUACGCUCCAAUACUUCCUGCCUCAUUGCACCACUUUCUCGACGCUCCGGUGCCGUUCGUGAUGGGUCUCCACUCAGAUUCUGAUAGCACGCUGCGAAUCGGCAGCGAAGCGAAUCUCUGCUACGUGGACAUCGAUAAGAAGUCCGUUCAGCUUCCGGAGGAACUGCCCGCUUUUCCGCACCGCCAUGACUUCAUCGCGGAAAUAACCGCCAUUCUUGAUAAGUACCAAGUACCUCGUGAUAGAUCCCUGGAUCCACCUUCCAUUCUCAGUCCAAAGAAUCUCCUCAAAGAUCACGACAUGAUGACGACGAGUUGCACCCUACCAUCCGGCAUGCACGCCCGACGAAAGCACUCACUGCACGACGUCCUCGAUUGGGAUCGACCAAACUCGCCCGAUCUGCCGCUACCGGCUACGGCAGUACCCUCCCGGCCGGACGUUCGUCAACGGAUCGUGGACAUAGUCCGUCGCAGCGGCGGCGAUGAAAUCGAUUCCGGACCGAACGAAGUGAUGCCAAGCACAAAGCAAAAGCAACCGCUCAGUACGCUCGAUCAGUACUACGAAGAUCUUCGGCUGAACAACUCCAUCCGGGAGAUCUUUCUCAACCGCUUCGUACAGAUGUUUGCCGCGUACGAGCAAUUUGUGAUUCUGCCCAAUCAGGACAGAGAAGACUGGCUCAGCAAUCGUGAAUCUCUGCACAACUUCGAUAAGGCUUCGUUCCUGUCGGACCAACCGCAACAUCAUCGGCCGUUUCUGUCGCAGUUCCUCGAGAGUCAGAUGUUUGUUACGUUGAUCGAUAACAAGAUCAUGCUGUCGUGGGGUGACGACGGCGGGAAUGGCAGUUCCCUCGAUAGUCUCAACGGAGACGUGGAGUACAAUCUUAAGUUGUUCGACAAUCGCAUCCGAAUCCUAAGGAAACGUUACGGCGGGGAAAGCAUGAUCCGAACCGCCAAUUACGAGCCUUGCAUACUGGCCAGAGAAACCCAAAAGCUGUUGGAUAAAAGGCUCGGAAGCGUGGACAUGGAGGUAGCUCCACCGAGCGAAAUCCUGGACAAACGACCGCCGUAUUAUCGAAGUUUUCCAUUGUUGGAAAAGUCCGUCCUGAACCAGGAGUGCGCUUCGAGGGGAAACAGCCUGCGAAGAGUUAAAAAUGGUUCCAAGUGGAAGGUGAAGGAAAUUUCAUUGGACGGCGGAGGAGGCGGUAGCAGCAAUAAAGAAAAUGACGGCGGAGGGAACAAAUCGAACCGGAACUCAGCGAAUCUGUCCGGGACGGAAAUCAGCCCGGCACUAUUGGCACAGGCCAAUUGGACUUUUGUGGAAAAAUUGCUGAAGGACUGCAAGAGCAAAACCAAACGAAUGCUCCUGGAAAAGAUGGGCACCGAAGCCAUCGAGCUAGGUCUCAGCGGGGAAGCCUCGGUAACGGGAGUGGAAGAAAACACAAUGAUUGCUUCGCUUUGUGAUUUGCUGGAGAAAGUGUGGUCCCACGGGCUGGUCAACAAACAAGGCAAAUCGGCCCUUUGGACGCAUCUGACGGCCUACCUAGAGAUUAAGGAUUGCCAGAAUCCGGGCAAGCAAAUUGAUACAAACUAUUUGACCCCUGAUUUGUCAUCCCUUGCAAUUGAACCGGAGAUUCCUUCGUCACCGACACGAGGCCGGUCAAAGUCUCGCGACCGGAAAAGCUUAGGACCUGAGCAGCUACGAUCGUUACCUGAAUCUCUGGAAUUCGACAUUAGGAAUAUCCUGUCUAUGACAGACAUCAAAACCCACAUUGGUUAUGCGCGGGCGUGGGUGCGACUGGCACUGGAGAAGAAGCUUCUGUCGCGUCAUCUUCGAUCGCUUUUAUCAGAUACGGCCCUCCUAAGACAAUUGUACAAGCGUUCCGCAUUCGUGCGCUGCGACGAUGAGGUCGAACAGUUUUUGUACCACCUGCUGACGCUGAAUGCUGUUGAUUAUUUCUGCUUCACCAAUACGUACCCUACGACUAAACUUCCGUAUAGGGUCGUGAUAUUCCCCUCGAAGAAAGGAUCGGCCGCUACCACUUCUGCCAACGUUUGGAUUGCCAUUUCCGGAACCCUGGGGGAAACGCAACAGAUUAGCAUCCCCCGACAUUCGCUGGAAUUCGUGUUUCACCACAAAACGUUGGGAAUACUAACAUCAUUACGAGUAGGACAUGAUGAUACCGGAAUGUCCUCCAAGUGGUUGGUCGAACACGUUGUCGUCAGGAAUGAAGUUACAGGUCACACCUACAAAUUCCCCUGCGGUCGCUGGCUCGGACGAGGCAUCGACGAUGGAUCCAUUGAAAGACUACUGGUUGGACAAUUGGUUCCCCGAACGGUAGACAGCGAGGAGCUUGUGGAAGCUUGUCGGACGCCACCCCGAACACGUAGUCCCAGCAUUCAGCGACCGGAGGUACGACCUUCGGACAUUCAGCACAUGCUGGGCGACUGCGUGAACGCAAUCGUCAAAUGGCACUACCGGCCGAGCCGUGAACGGGACGCCAGUUCUCUAACGAAUCUACUCUGCGGGGAAAACGGCCUCGUUAAGUGUUUGGAGCAGGCUUUCCUGUGCGGUUUCCGAUCGCAGCGACUGUUCGGAAGAAAUCUCUAUCUGUGGGAUUAUUUCGUACGCGUUAAAGAACAAUUCGAGGUUAGUUUGAUGGAAGAGUCGGUGGAAUUGGUUCGCGGUGGCGCCUCCGUCUGUAAUUCUCCACCGACCAGUGGUUCUAGUCCGGAGUCGCCGCCCCAAGGAACAGCAACCGUUCAACCUCCGGUGGCACGACAGGAGCUGUCCGCUGUCUGGCGAUGCUACUGUCAUCUGAUGGAUGAAAUCAAUAACGUGAAGCAAACACUGGGAAAAGACGGCCGUUUUCAGCUGUUUAUUUGUCUAAGCAUUAGGGAGCACCUUCUCCACAGAAUGCUAGUACCGAUGGCCUACACACGUGUUACUACCGAAAUGUACGAGGAACAAAGUUUCAUGCGCAAGAAAGGUCUACUGACAUUCCUUCGGCAGAUAUUGGAACCACUGGAUGAGUUCCACAUAGUGCUGGAAAACUCCAUUACCCAGGGUAUUGGAUCUCACUGCUAGGCAGCCAAUCCUCAUUGGAAACAUAAUACUCACUCACACUACUAGCGCUAGGUUCUCUCAUCGUCGAAACUCAUUUUUCAACCCAGACAAUUUUGAUAAGGCAUCUGCCGUUUGUUUUUCUAUCUUUCUCGCUUAACCAACUGAGAAACGGUUAAGCAAAACUAAAUAAUCGAAAUCAAUGGCCAAAGAUAUUAGAGCAAUUUUUUGUUCCUGAGAUGUUGUUAUUCGUAUUAAGGUUAUUUCUCCAAUUUGUUUUACGUUGUAAUUCUACGGGAAUUUGUGAUUUUUAGUUUGAUUUGUUGAACCUUUAUAGUCUUGGUUUGUUUUUAGUGGUUACGCUCCAUGUUUCCGUUUAAGUUAAGAAAAGAAAAAAAACUAUUUCGUUGAAAUAGUGUCUGUGCCAAAAUUGAACUGAAGAAAAUAAACAGAAAUACCCCAUAGUUUGGCAAGGGCUGAAGAAGUUGAAAACCAAACUUCAGACCUACAGUUGGUUGUGUGAUAGUUUGUGUGGGACAGAAUGUGGGAAAUUAUGAGUGAUUACAUACCGGAAUUAGAAUAAGUUUCGCGCAAAUGAGUUCAGCUUAUAUAAAAUUGACAACACAGCUCGACAAAACAAGACAAUUCUAUACUCACAGAAACAUACUCAACCAUGAUUAGAAAGAGAGGGACAGUACGAAUUACGACUAGAUUUCUAGAGGAAACGAUUCUUCACUGUAGCCGAAAUGUAGAAGAUCUGUUACUUUGCUUUGCAUGAUCUUUAAACAAAAUUAAUCCGUCUUUCGAAGUGUAAGCUGUAGACAGCAAACCUUGAUUCCAGACUAAAACGCUAAACUAUAACUUCUAGGGAAACCUGAAUUAUCAGCCUUUCGUGAUCGUUGAAUAAACAUGACAUCUCAGCCGACCGAAAUUCUUAUUAGCAUUCAGCAGGCACCAGUAGAACUUCGCUUCAAUUAACUGAUUAUAUGUGUUCGUUGUAGCUGGCAGUAAAACAUAGGUUUACGACUUUUUUGUGGUUCUACAACCAUAUAGGUGGAUCAAGUGAAUAAACGCUGAUAUUACUA